UCAGCUGUUUACGAAUUGCACAGCUGUUAAAGUUAAUGCUCUCAGAAUCGAAUCAGCGAUAACAUAAGCGAUAUUGAGUAAUAUAAUUAAACUAGUACUUAAUGUGAGCACGGAUUGCGGCUAAGGAGAUUCGAGUGCCGUGAUUACAAAGCAACCCACUCGCUCAUAUAUUGCGCAGCACAACAAACACGAAAAGGAUGUACUCAACAAAUUCGCUGCCCUCACUCCUGCUGCUGCUGCUGCUGGUCGUCGUCCCAGCCAAGAGCAGCCAACAAAUGGGGGGUAGCAGGGAAAAAGUGCUGUCUGGCCUACAGGCGGGCUUCAUCGGUCUGGAGGAGUCACAGACGCUGCCCGAACCGCACACGCGCGAGCAAGUUGAAUUGCUGCGCCACCUCAAUUUUGUGCCACCGGCGAUAGACUUUGGCAGAUGGUCGGUGGGGCAGACGGUAACGCAGAUUGUGACUCUGUUUAAUCAGCACACAAAUCGCACUGUCCAUCUAAACUCUGUCGCUGGGCCAAGCCCAGUGUUCUACAGCAGUUUCUUUGGUACGCGAGAGGUGCCGCCGCAAGGCAAUACCACAUUCAGCGUCGUCUUUCUGCCACGACAACUUGGUGCCAUAUCAACGGGUCUGCUGAUCCAAACGUCCUUCGGGCGUGCCGAGUUCGCGGUGCGCGGCGAGGGCAGCGAGUGUCCGUACCGCCUAAAGCCACUUGUGGGCAUUAAGGCGCCCAUGAAUGCAACGCUCACGCCAGAGAUUCACAUGUACAAUCCGCACGAGCGGCCGCUCCAGAUACUCGAGGUCUACAGCAGCGGUGGCGAGUUUCAGCUGGAGCUUCCCAGCGGCGGCUCAGAAGGACCUCAAAAUCUGUGGGAAAUACCACCGCAUUCACUAAAGCCAGUCAUACGCAUUUCGUUCCACGGGCGGACCGCUGGCAACCACAGCGCCUAUAUACGCAUAAAAAUAGCUGAGCAACCAGCAGAUGAUGAUGCCUCACCGAUGGAGCAUCUAAACGAGAACGUACUAGUCAUACCCGUUGAAUUCGAAAUAUUGCCACGACACGGCGCCUAUGCGCGCAAUCCGUUAGCCGAUUUUGGCCGUCUGACGACGGAUGAGCACGCGGAUGCGUUGCAUUUCAAAUUGGACAUGCAAAAUCAGCCAGUGGGUGCGUUGCAGCAACAGCUAAUUGUAAAUUUUCUGCGCGACAUACCAGGGCUAAGCUAUGAUGCGCACAACGCGAGCAUUGUGCUGGAUCCCAAGCUAUUUGAUGAGAGCGCCAGCAUUUAUGAUUUAUUGGUCAUCAGCAGCAGCGAGGAAGCAGAGCAGCAGCUGCAAUUUACAGUGUUAGUGCAAGCUGAAAUCUUUAAAGGCGGCCUCCACUACGAUCGCAAUGUUACGCUUUUCAUAAGCAGCUCUAGCAUCGAUGAGCCAUCGCUGGAAAAGGAACGUACGCUGGUGGUGCGCAAUAAUUUUGCGUUUCCGCUGAUGCUGUACAACCUCAGCCUGACGGAGCCCAUUGAUCCGGCGCUGCUGCAGUUGUCGUCGCUGGAACAGGAGCUACUGCUGCAGCCGGGCGAGUCGGUGGAGCUGCUGCAGUUGAAACUGCUCAACGAACAGGCAACAUUCAAGUCCAUGCUGCUCAUCGCUAGCAAUGUGACAAUAUUUGAGCUGCCCGUGGUCGCGUGCAGCGGCCGUUUGCAUGUGUCCACGCAACAGUUUACAUUGCAGCUGCCCAAGGAGAGCGAAUAUGGACUGGAACUGGAUCUGGGCACUGUGCCAUUUGCGGAGAAGUCACGCGAUGGCUAUAUCAUAUUGCGCAACGACAAUCCUAUGCCGAUCAAGAUAACCAACUGGAACUUUAAGCCGCCCAAGAAUGUCUACUUUCAGGCCGCGUUCAUGGGCUGUGUGUCACCAGGUGCCGCCAUCGUUGCCAACAAAACGACAAUAGUCAACCAUGAACAGCCGGAAAAUGUCACAGGAUUUCGUUUCUGUGACCAGCUGGGCGUCGGCGAUAGCGUUGUCUUUAUUCUGUCCAUACAAACGUAUGUGGCCGAGGAGAGCACCGGCACGCUGAAAGUGUGGACACCUUACGAGCUGAUACGCAGCACAGUGCGCUUUAAGGCCUCCGUUGGUCAGCUGGACAUUGAGCAGGAUCAGCUGCAGUUCAAGUCAUGUUUUCCGGGCAAGAUAUGCUCCGCGGUGCUGAGCAUACGCUCUAGUUUUAUACAUCCAGUGCAUAUGAAAUCUAUAUCGUUUACCCGUGCCGGUUUGCGUUUUAAGGACUUCAAUGCGAAGGGCUCUCUGAUUGGUGCCCAAACAUUGACCAAGGUGGGUCGCAUCUACUUUGAGCCAGCGGCGCUCUGUGGCAGCGCCUGCUAUAUACGCGCUACCACCGAUCAGCACUCGAUCUUCCCCAGCAAUAGUGGAGUAGCUGCAGCCGCUGGACACACCAACAAUAAUCUGCUGUACGAUGGCGUGGAGGUGCGUCAGCGCACGGAAUUGUAUCGUCAGUUCAAGAGGCAGCUGCACGCCAUGUCGCUAACGCUGCACAGCGAGGAGCUGCCGCCCUUGGAGCUGGACUUUAGCAUUGCUAUCGAGUGGCCCAAGCUGGUGCAGUAUCAGCCGCUGCCGCCCACGCCGGCCAUAGAGGUGGGUCAGGUGCAGCGCCAAUGGAUUACGAUGAGCAAUCCCACAAUGCAGCCGCUGCUGCUCGACUAUUUUCUAUCGGACCCGGCCUAUGCCAGGCGCACCCAACUGUCGCUGCCGCACGAGGUGAUCGAUGUGAGCAGCAGCAGCUGCUACCUGACGGACCAGGAUGUCUUCUCGCUGCCCGAUAUACCGUAUGGCGUUCGGGUGCUGCUACUCGGCGGCGCCACACUGACUAUACCCGUGCAGUUCAGCGCCCAGCAGCCGGACAAAUACUGCACUCUGCUGCAUGUGCGCAGCAAUCUGACGCUCUACGAGGCCGUUUGGCUGACCGCACGCGCAGUUCAAUCCCAGUUUCGCUUGGGCAAUCGCCGUCCCGGCUCCAGUGCGCCGCUGCUCUUUGAGUUCAGCACGGAACAGUUCGAGCAUUGCGAUGGCAGCUUAAAGCCGACCGAUAACCUCGAUAUGGAUGCUGUCGCCAGCCACACGGUGUCAGCUACGCGCAGCUUUACCGCUCGCAAUGCCGGCGUGCUGCCCAUCAGGAUUGGAGGCUUUCUCAUUGGCAAGCGACCGUGUGAGGGCUAUGGCUUUAGGGUGCUCGAUUGCCAGAGCUUCGAGCUGGGCGAGAACGAGACGCGCAAAAUCGAAAUAAGCUUCAGCACGGACUUUACCGCAUCGCGCGUCCAGCGCACUCUGACGCUGCUGACGAAUCUCAGCUAUGACAUUAGCUAUCAGCUGGUCGCCCAGCUGCCGGCGGAGAGUGUGGAACAUUGUGCGGCGAGCCUACCGCGACCCAGCUGGGAGCCGGCGUUGCGCAAUGUGGCUCUCGUUUUGCUACUGGCCAGUUUCUGUCUGGUGCUGCUCGCGGGCAUCUUUGAUGCUCGUGCGAUAAUGGCCCAGCAGAGCGCCUACGAUGCGGCACGCUACAAGGGUCCCGUGCAGCCGACCUUCAAUUUGCGCAACAUUGUCAAGAUGCAGGUGGCCGAGGAGGCAGCAGCAGCCGCUGCAGCGGCAGCAACAGCAACUGCCCUCAAAGCGGAGCAGCAACAGAAGCUAAAAAAUGGUCAGCUCAAGGAGCUGCGCAAACGUACCACGGCCAGCUCUACAGCGGAUAAGGUGACGGCCACACGGAAGCCCAAGUCAUGGACAGCAUGGAGCAUGGACAUGACCAGCUGCGAGCCCAAAGCAACAGCUGUUUCAACUGCCGUCAGCGCCGCCGCCGCCGCCGCCACACAACCAAAGCCCACUAGUUCGCCCAAGCCCAGCAAGAAGACGACGCCGUCGCCAGUGCAGACGCCGCCCGUAACUGUGCGCGCACCAAAGAAACCGAAACAGACGAUGCCCGUUAUCGCCAUGCCCAAGCCAAAAGUGGAGCCAGUUGCUGCCGAAACGCAGGAGAAGCGCUCCAGCCCAAAUACCAAAGUUAUUGGCAGCAGUCCGCAACAGGAGAAUGUCUCGCCGCGCUCGAUUAAAAUGAGUCCUGAUACGCCCAAAGAACGUGUGCUCAAGGAGCAAAACGGCAGCGCCAAGAAGCUAGGCAAGACACCCGGUCGGGAGCGCCGCAAGGAGCAAAAACUGGCCACGCUUAAUGGCGGCACCUCCAGCAAGAAAUCGUCCGCGGAGCGCAAGCAGCGCAGCAAACAGCUCAAUUUUAAUGGUCAUGCAAUGGCAGCCGGUGGCGCCUCACCGCUGACCACACCAGAAGCGGACACCCUGACCAUCAGCUCGCCGUGGGAGACCAGCAGUCGGGUCUCGUUUCGCGAUGUGCUGCAAACGAAACCCCUGCCGGCAGUCGACAAUGGCCUUAACUGGGAUCCUUCGGCAAGUGAUUUGGCCAGCAGUCAACUAGGUCCAAUUGGCAGCCGGAAGAGCCUGCCAGCGCAAGCGACAAGCCUCUAUCAGCCCCUGAUGACGCCGGACGCGACUGCAACGAGCAAUGCGCUGAUUCGUUCACUUUUUGCCAACUCCGAAGCGCCGGCCAUGGACUUGAAUAUGGAGCUGCCUGACCUAAAUGGAGAUCUUUGCGGGAGCUUGUAUGAACGAGAGCAGCCGCAGUCGCAGUGGGAACGCAGCGAAUUGAUACUGAAGCAGCAGCUGCUGCUGGAGCAACUGGAGCAGCAGCGUAAGCAAGAGCAGCAACAACAGCAGCAGCAGAAGCUCAUGCUUAUGUCCAACAUGGAGAGCAACAAUUGGGCCAUGAAUCAGGGCACAGCGAGCACUACUUGGACGCCGCUGGGCUAUGCCGCAUGGCCGAAUCAGUCAGCCGCAGCGGCGCCGCAACGUGCAUCUCCAGCGCAUACCCUAACGCCGGGCGUGGGCGUUAUACGUCCACCGCCGGGGCUUGAACCGAAUUACAACAAUUGCCAUUUACCAGCAGCAGGAGCGGGAGCCGGAGCCGGAGCAGCAGCUGUUAUCAAAAAUAGCAGCAACCAUAGCAAUAACCAUAUAGAUGGUUUGACCGCAAUGCAGAACGCACAAGAUCGGGCACAGCACAAUAUGCCCACACAAUACGAUCCAUUUACCUCGCCAAGCUCAAUCUGGUCGGACAAUUGGCGCCAGCGCAACAAUCAUAUGAACUGAAGGUGCAUCAAAAGCUCACUGAUCAAAUUUAAGCAACCAAAUGAAAUUCUUAUUCUAUAGACAUUUAGGCUACGCUAAGAUUGAUGAAACAUGAUCUUUUCCAAUUUGACAUUUGACUAAAUAAACGCAAAGAUUUAUGACUUUUCAUUAUA